AUGGACUGCUAUUUCCGGCAGACCUGGGUCGACCGCCGCCUUGCCUACACCGGGGACAAGGAUACCCUAGCUCUGAGCAUUAGCAUGCUAGGCAGGAUAUGGAAGCCGGACACCUACUUCUACAACGGCAAGCAGAGCUAUCUUCAUACCAUCACCUCGCCCAACAAGUUCGUCCGCCUAUUCCAAGAUGGCAGAGUGCUUUACUCUUCCAGGUAA